UUUUGGUGCUAACCCCGUAGCAGGAGGUCUGCGGAACAGAGAGUUGCGCCAUGUUAGUUGAGCCUUUGGACUCUGUUAUCUACACAAAGCUCGUCCAACAAUCCACCAAGUCCGGUUGUUUCCUCCAUGGUAAACUUGCCCAUGCCCACAUCAUCAAAUCUGCUUUCAAGCCAUGCCUUUUUUUACUAAACAAUCUGGUAAAUAUGUACUGCAAAGCUGGUGAAAUGGAUAUAGCUCACCGACUGUUUGACAGAAUGUCUACACCAAAUCUGGUUUCGUAUAAUUCUUUGAUUUCUGGGUAUACGCAGAUGGGUGCUUUUGAUAAAGCUAUGCAAUGGUUUCUUGAAGCUAGAAAAUCAUGUUUGAAACUUGAUAAAUUCACUUAUGCGGGUGCUCUAAAUGCGUGUGCUCAAACUGGGGAUCUUGAACUAGGGAAGUUAAUUCAUGGCUUGAUUGUGGUAAGUGGAUUGGUUGAGAAAACAUUUUUGACCAACUCGUUAAUUGAUAUGUAUUGCAAAUGUGGAUGUCUUGAUCAAGCGAGGUUUCUGUUUGAGAAUUCUAAGGAGUUAGAUGAGGUUUCAUGGAACACAUUGAUUGCAGGUUAUGUUGCUAUGAAUGGAAAUGAAGAGAUGUUGAAACUAUUGAUAAACAUGCAUCGAAACGGGUUGAAUUUGAAUAGUUAUACGAUGGGAAGUGUUUUGAAGGCAUGUUGUACAAUCAUUGACAUUGGGAGAACAUGUGGGGAAAUGCUUCAUGGAUGUAUAAUCAAACUUGGAUUGGAUGUUGAUAUUGUUGUUGGGACGGCAUUGCUUGAUAUGUAUGCGAAAAAAGGAGAAGUUAAUAGCGCUAUCAAAAUUUUUGAAACCAUGCCUGACCGUAAUAUUGUCAUGUAUAAUGCCAUGAUAUCUGGAUUUAUAGAAGCAGAAAGUGUUAGCAAGGAAUGUCCAAAUGAAGCCUGCAGCCUUUUCUCUGAGCUAAAAAGGCAAGGACUGAAGCCCUCAAAAUUUACAUUCUCAAGCAUGCUUAAAGCUUGUAAUGCUGUUGAAGAUUUUGACUAUGGCAAGCAAAUUCAUGCACAAAUAUGCAAGUAUAACUUGCAGUAUGAUGAGUUCAUUGGAAGUGCACUUAUUGAACUGUAUUCACUGAUGGGAUCAACUGAAGAUAGUUUGAAAUGUUUCAGAUCAACUCCCAAGCAAGAUAUUGUCUUGUGGACAUCCAUGAUUGCUGGUCAUGUACAGAAUGGGCAAUUUGAAAGUGCAUUUUAUCUGUUUCAUGAACUGCUGGCAUCUGGAGGAAGACCAGAUGAGUUUAUUAUUUCGAACAUGUUUAGUGCUUGUGCAGAUUCAGCAACAGCAAGAUUGGGUGAGCAAGUUCAUGGACAUGCCAUAAGAAGUGGCCUUGGAAAGUUCAGAAUUGUUCAAAACUCACAGCUUUGCAUGUAUGCAAAUUGUGGUGACAUAGGCUCUGCUGAUCUGACAUUUCAAGAGACAGAAAAUCCAGAUGUGGUUUCUUGGUCAGUUAUGAUCUGUAGCUAUGCACAACAUGGAUGUGCUAGGGAUGCUUUGAAACUCUUUGGGUUGAUGAAGGAACAUGGGGUUGCGCCUAAUCAUAUUACAUUCAUAGGAGUUCUAUGUGCCUGCAGUUAUGGAGGGCUUGUUGAAGAAGGAUUACAAUACUUUGAAAGCAUGAAGCAUUAUGCAGUUGAAACCAGUGCAGAGCACUAUUGCUGUGUUGUUGACCUCUUUGGUCGUGCUGGAAGGCUUGCAGAGGCUGAAAAUUUCAUCCUUACCUCAUGUUUCAAGGAUAAUGCAGUAAUAUGGCGAGCCUUGUUGAGUGCUUGCAGGGUUUAUAAGGACAUGGUAACAGCAAAACAUGCUGCAAGGAAAGUAAUUGAACUUGAACCCCAAGAGGCUGCAUCUUAUGUUCUUCUUUACAGCAUCUAUGCUGAUGCUGCAGUAGAACCAUUGGCUGCAAGUGUCAGAGAAAUGAUGCGACGACAAGGGGUGAAGAAGGAACCUGGUCUAAGUUGGAUUUAAGUUGGAAAUGUAGUUCAUUCCUUUGCUGUGGUUGAUAUAUCUCACCCUAUGAAUCAAGUAAUUUAUCAAGGUUGGAAGAAAUUUUUGAGAAGGUAAGGAAAUUUGGUUAUGUUGCUGAGAGGACUGCUUCUAGUACAACUGAAGCAAAACCCAAAACGGGCUCAGUUAUGAUUUAUCACAGUGAAAAGUUAGCAAUGACUUUUGGACUUAUUAGCUCACUAAAAUUAGCUUCAAUUACGGUGAAGAAAUAUUUGAGAGCCUGCCCUGAUUGUCACACAACAAUGAAGCUCUUGUCAAAUGCGGGAAUGAGAGAAAUAAUUCCCAGAUAUCCAAUUUGUUUUCAUGGUUUCCUAGAAGUUUCUUGUUCUUGUAGAGAUUACUAGUGGUUGCAAGUGGUUAGAUUGUUCUAUUGUUGCUUGAAACAGUGUAGUUUUUGUAAUGAAUCUGGAAGGGAGAUGAUGCACUGAAUUGGGGAAGAAGUUAUAGGAAAUAAAAUAUGAAAUUGAAAGGUGAGCAUCAGAUAUGUGAGAAACAGAUUAGACAAAGCUGUUUGGACAAAAACCUCUGCCUAAGAGAUAAGCCAGUUGUAAAUGCAAAGUGAGUGGAAAGAGAUAGGUAAUUUUUGGUUCUAAUUUCUUGAGGAAGUGCCCAUUCCAUCACUGUCAGCUCUUGUUCUAGAGAUAGAAUUUGGAGAAAGACUAGAAAGCAUUGUUGAAGCCCUCAAGACUAUACAAUUCCUUGAGUUGAUAGUUCUCAUAUCCUUUGAGUGGGCUCUUUCUCAUGUCUACUGAUUAGGUAUUUCUUGUUGUUUUGCUUGUCUUAUUGGUAGCUCUUGAUUUGGGUAAAUACCUAUUCAUAAUAAGGAACAGUAGAAACAAUUUUCCUUCUAUGUUUUACUACUAGGAUUUAUGGAAAUAAGGUGCACAUAAAACGGAUAGAUAGAGUGGUGGAUCAUUUUACAUUAUUCAGUUUCUGAAUAGAUUUGGUAUGAUUCAACUGUGAGUGACCACUAACCAGGCAAUAUAAGAUGCUUUGGCAACUUAUAUAGAAAUUGGAAACAAGAAGAGCAGUUGAAUAGUUUAGCAAAGGGCAAUCUUUUUAAUGAGGGAUUCAAAAACAUUAUGACUUUGAGUAUUCCAUCAGCAAUAUUAAAUGAUGGAACUUUGAUAAAGUUAUUCUAUUUCUACUUCUAAGAUUUCAAAAUUCUUUUUUUAAUACAUUUACUCUACCCAUUCUGCAGAAAGGAAAAUUACUUUCCAAACUCUAUAAACUUUUUGGUGCUUAUUUUCAUGAAAAACAUUCAUAUGCUUUUAUUUAUUUUGUUAUGGUCAUAGGACAGUGGUUUGCAGAAGAUGAUUGGCGAAUAUAAUAGGACAUUUGAUUACGGUCGAGAAUGAGUGGGUUGAUCUGUGGUCACAAUCACAGAUGAUAAACCAUUACUUAUCAAUCAUGAAUGUAAUUGUUGGUGAAUUUCCAAUGAGAAUUACUAAUGAACCAUGCUGGUUUUCAGUGGCAA